GGCGAGCCGUGGAUGGGGCUCAGUCUCCAAUCGGACGUUGCUCGGUGCACAGUCUUCGCCUGCAAAACGCAAAAGUAAACGUGAAAGCUGUCAAGUGGAAUUGUGAAUCGAAAACCGCUCAACUUUUCAAGUUUCAAGUCACUCUGUUUGAUAAAUUUGCAGCUUAGCAGAUUUUUUGCGCAUUCAAGGCAAAAUCGCGAGUAACCUUUUCGCUAGAAUUGCACAGCAUCUGAUCAUCAGUCAAGCAAACGCAGUGUCCGUCGAACGUUUAUCAAAAUGCCGGAGUUAACACCAGUUCAGGAGUAUUAUAAUGGCAAGACCAUAUUCAUUACGGGCGCCUCUGGUUUUAUGGGCAAGGUUUUGGUCGAGAAGCUGUUGUACUCGUGCUCCGCUUUAAAAGAGAUCAUCAUCAUCGUUCGUCCAAAGCGCGGAAAGAGCCCCGAAGUGCGUUUGGAAGAGAUGUUCAAGUUGCCGAUUUUCCAGCGUAUACGUGAGGAGAAACCGGAGGUGUUGAAGAAGGUCACCAGUUUCAAUGGCGAUGUGACUUAUGAAAAUCUGGGUCUCAGCGGUGAGAAUUUGAAAUAUGUCAUUGACAACACAAACAUCGUUUUUCACAUGGCGGCCACUCUCAAACUUGAGGGCAACUUAAAGGAUGCCAUUGACAUGAACACAACGGGUACACGUCGCGCUCUGGAUAUUUCCAAACAAAUGAAGGGUCUUGAAGCUUUCGUACAUGUGUCCACUGCUUUCUGUAAUUGUGAUCAGGAGGUUAUGUACGAGAAGGUCUACGAAUAUCCACACAAGCCAGAGGAUCUUAUGCGCAUGGUUGAAUGGAUGGACCUUAAAACGUUGGAGUCCAUCACGCCCGAGUUGAUGAAACCGCAUCCAAACACUUAUACCUAUUCGAAGCGUUUGGCUGAAAUUUUGGUGCGUGACCAUUACGAGACUAUGCCGGUGAUUAUAGCGCGUCCCAGUAUCGUAUCGCCAUCGGCGUAUGAACCCGUACCCGGUUGGGUUGACAACUUGAAUGGACCCACUGGUCUGUUGGUGGGCGCCGGUAAAGGUGUUAUACGUUCGAUGCUCAUCGAUACGCGCUUCAAAUCUGAAGUCAUUCCGGUUGAUUACGCUAUUAAUGGACUUAUUGUUAUGCCUUACGAGUUUAACACACAGCCAACGCGUCCUGUCGAUAUUCCCGUUUACAACAUCACAAAUGCCGAUCACCGCAAAACGAAAAUGGGCGAUGUGAUCAGCAUGUGCAAACGCUUGGGACGCGACUAUCCCCUCAACGUGGGUCUCUGGUACCCGGAUGCUGUCAUCACCACCAACAAAAUAUAUCAUCAAUUCAAUGUGCUGAUGUUCCAUUGGUUACCUGCAUACUUCCUGGACUUUUUGCUAUUAAUAUUCGGACAGAAGCGAUUCAUGGUGCGUGUUCAAAAUAAAAUUUCUACGGGUCUCGAUGUUUUGCAAUUCUUCACCCUCCAUGCUUGGUGUUUUCAAUCAGAUAAUUUUGCCAGUUUGUGGCAUAACCUCGCAACCGAGGACAAGGCCAUCUUCAACAUGGACAUGAAUUCCGACUAUAGUGAAGAGGAGUACAUCAUCGGUUGCAUUAAGGGAGGUCGUGAGUACAUUCUAAAAGAAAAGAUUGAAGACUUGCCAAAAGCCAGAUUCCAUCAGAAGAUAAUGUAUGGCAUCGACCGGUUUUUUAAAAUUGUUUUUGUGGCACUGUUCGUAUAUUAUUUACUGAAAUGGACGGGCAUUUUGGCCUUAUUUUCGAGCAAUGCACAAUAAGAAUAAGAUAUGUAUAGUACCUUCUAUAUUUAAUUGCCUCAUUUUUCCUGCCAAUUAUAGAAAAAUUACUACCUCAAAUAAUUGUAUCAAAUAAGUUCAUUUUCUUAUUUGUUAAUAUUCUAUAUGAAACAUAAAGGAAUUUUUUGCGUUUUUAUCAAUGACGUGUUUUUAUUAAUUGAAUAAAAAUAAAUAAAACUACAUAUGUGUGUUAUAUGAUAUUUUUAUAGCUUUAUAAUAAAUUGUGUUAUUAUUAUUUUGUUUUCAAUGGGUUUAAUCAACAGUAUAAAAAAAUAACUUAACACACUUUACUGUUUAUUAUUAGUAUUCUUCGGUUAAGUAGUAAUAUAUUAGUGUUCGUCAGCGUUCAAGUUUACCAAUUUCAUAUAUUUAUACAUUUACGCCCUGUAUUUAAAAUUAUUUGUGUAAAUGCUUUUUAUCGAUCAGCUGUUUAGUUGUCAAAAUCAUACAUUUAAAAUUCCGAGAGUAAACGAAAAGGUGAAGUUUCUUAAUUUUUUUGAAAAAACCCUGCAAAUGUUGGAGCUAUUUGGAAAAAAUUAUGUAACACCUGCUGUACAGGAACCUCUCCCCGGUUGGGUGGACAAUCUAAAUGGACCCACUGGUGUAAUGAUCGGUGCUGGAAAAGGAGUAAUACG